AGUGAAUAUCGAUCUUGAUAUAUUAGAACGUAAUCAACAUGGCGGAUCCUCUAGAAGAUCUUGACUUUCCUUCGUCUUCAGAUGAUAAUAAGGUUAUUCCUGAUGAAUCUUUGGAUGGAUCUUUGAACGAGGGGGAUGCUGCAGUGGGUCAUUCAGGUUUCAACAAGGAAACAAGCUUUGAUUUCAAUGGAGAGUCAUCAUCUUUGAUGUCAUCACUCAAGGUUCAUGAUGAUGAUGAUGAUGACAGCAGACAUCUUGUGAAGGAUCUGUAUGUCUUAGUGACUGAUCCAGAAAAACAUGUAGAAGGUUAUGUCAGCUAUAACGUCAACACUAAGACAACCAGAGGUCAGUUUGAUCAUCCAGAGUAUAACGUCAGAAGAAGAUAUCAAGACUUUUUAUGGCUGAGACAGAGAUUACUGGAAUCCUACCCAACACAUAUUAUUCCUCCAUUACCUGAAAAGCACUCCUUCUCAAAGCACUUUGACAGAUUUUCGCAGGAGUUUCUUAAAGCAAGAGAAAAUUCUUUGAACAAGUUCAUGCAGCGGAUAGCAGAUCAUCCAGUUAUGUCAUUUAAUGACAGCCUACAUGUGUUUUUAACUGCUAAGUCAUGGGAGCUUACAUCUGUUAAGAAGUCAGGACCAGGUUUAAUAUCUCGUAUGAGUGAUUCCAUGCGAAAUGCGGCUUCAUCAUGGAUGUUAAAAACAAGAGAGCCAGAAUUCCAAGAGAUGUCGGAAUACAACAAGGCAUUCAGAGAAAAGAUGGUCACCAUGGAAACCAUCACUGAUAAAAUCGCUAAAGACCGCUUUGAUUUGCUAGAAGAUGUCAUAGAAUUUAUUCCAAUCUUUCGCCUGUGGGCUAACUCGGAGACUAAGCUAGCAGAUCCUCUCACAGGAAUGGCAGAUGCUCUAGACAAGAACUGUUCUGCUCUCAAAAAACUGCUCAGAGUUCAAGACUCCAAGUUCAUGGAACCUUUAAGAGAGUACGUUUUGUACACCGAUGCUAUCAAGAGUGCACUGAAGAGUCGGGAUACCACUCAAAUGGAAUAUGAAGUGACACUUGAAGAAUUGAACAGAAAAAGGGCAGAGAGAGAAGAGCUUGAAAAACCCAAUGGAGGUGGAGGUGGAAGAUUUAGUUCACUCUUUGGUAAAGACACUGAACAGGCAAGGCAAGAGCGAAAGGACAAGUUGGAUGCAAAUAUUGAAGAGCUUUCCAAGUUGGUGGAAACAGGACUCGACAAAAUGGAGUGUGCAAAUGUUGACCUGAAGGCUGAUAUCGAUCGAUGGCACAAGCACAAGAGACAAGAUUUUAGAGAACUUAUCACAGAUUACAGUGAAAGACACAUAGCCUAUCAUGAAGAGUGUCUACACGCAUGGCAGGAUGUGCUAAAGUUGCUGGUUGGUACCGAGUCAGAAGAGUCACAAGAUCUUCACGAAGACCACCCUUAGCUCAUAUAUUUUAUUAUAAUAAAUUGCAAAAAAUUGUUAAGAUUACUAGGAAUGUUCUCGCGUAAUGGCUUUCGAAAAACUAAAUCCAAUUCUGUUGAUUAAAACGCCAUUAUGUAUCCAGAAAAAAGGCUUAGUUUUUUUCCCCAACAGUCACUAACUAUGAAGAGGUUGAAGCUCCACUCUUUGUUGCAUCCCGAAGUGGCUGUCAUAACUAAUACUGAAUAUUAUACUUUGGAGUUUCUCGCUGCUUUUAGAUCCAAAAACAACAAGUACAACAGAAAUAUUAUAAAGACUCUACAUUAAUCGAACUGUAAAAUGAUAAAAUAAACGAAUGGAACAAAUAAAUGACUUUAAAAAACCGAA